CCUGCCCUUUAUCACCCCAGCUGUGCGCUGUUUCCUUCGUUUUCCAUUUGCACUCAUCAUCACAACACCAAAGAUCCACUGGACCCUCGCCAUACGUAGUGCCAGCCCCUCGACCGCUGCACGUCAUGGCGUACAACCAGCAAAACUAUGGGGAGGCCCAUAACAACGAAUACACUCCCGGCAGGCACGAUGAGGACGAGGUCGGUCGCUCUCUCCUGCACGAGAAUGCGGCAGGCACCCACCAGGACCCCUUCUACGGCCACCCUGAGAACCGCCCAAACUCGACCUACAGUCUGACGGAGACAUAUGCCACCGACCGCCCGACACAGUACCCUGGCGAGGCCCACGGCGGGUCUGACGUCUACUCGGCGACCGGCGGCUAUGAGCCUGCUGCUGAGUUUGGCGCUCCCCACAGGGCGCCUUCCCCAUACCAGAGGAGCGAGACCAGCUCGACCGAGGCCUGGCGACAGCGCCAGCAGCCUGGUGGUGCCGUCGCUGCCGCCGGUGGCCUCAAGCGUGGUAUGACCCGUAAGGUCAAGCUCGUGCAGGGCUCCGUUUUGUCGGCAGACUACCCCGUGCCCUCUGCUAUCCAGAACGCCAUCCAGGCAAAGUACCGCAAUGACCUCGAGAGCGGCAGUGAGGAGUUCACACACAUGCGCUAUACGGCCGCGACAUGUGACCCCAACGACUUCACCCUGAAGAAUGGCUACAAUCUGCGGCCGGCCAUGUACAACCGCCACACUGAGCUUUUGAUUGCUGUGACAUACUACAACGAAGACAAGGUGCUCACCGCCCGUACUCUGCACGGUGUUAUGCAGAACAUCCGCGACAUCGUCAACCUGAAGAAGUCCGAGUUCUGGAACAAGGGAGGGCCAGCCUGGCAGAAGAUCGUUGUCUGCUUGGUUUUCGACGGUAUCGACCCCUGCGACAAGGGCACGCUCGAUCUGCUUGCUACCAUCGGUAUCUACCAGGAUGGUGUCAUGAAGAAGGACAUUGACGGUAACGAGACCGUUGCUCACAUCUUCGAAUACACUACUCAGUUGUCCGUUACGCCCAACCAGCAGCUCAUCCGUCCCCACGAUGACAGCUCCAGCACGCUUCCUCCCGUCCAGAUGAUGUUCUGCUUAAAGCAGAAGAACACCAAGAAGAUCAACUCUCACAGGUGGCUGUUCACUGCUAUUGGUCGCAUUCUGAAUCCCGAAGUCUGCAUUCUGCUCGAUGCUGGUACCAAGCCCGGCCCCAAGUCCCUGCUCGCUCUCUGGGAGGCUUUCUACAACGACAAGGACCUCGGUGGCGCUUGUGGUGAAAUCCACGCCAUGCUGGGUAAGGGCUGGAAGAACCUGCUCAACCCGCUCGUUGCCUCCCAGAACUUCGAGUACAAGAUCAGUAACAUUCUCGACAAGCCGCUGGAAUCGUCUUUCGGAUACGUCUCUGUGUUGCCCGGUGCUUUUUCUGCUUACCGUUACCGCGCCAUCAUGGGACGCCCGCUCGAGCAGUACUUCCACGGUGACCACACCUUGGCCAAGAUCCUCGGAAAGAAGGGUAUUGAGGGCAUGAACAUUUUCAAGAAGAACAUGUUCUUGGCCGAAGAUCGUAUUCUCUGUUUCGAACUGGUUGCCAAGGCUGGUUCUAAGUGGCAUCUUACCUACGUCAAGGCCUCCAAGGGUGAGACUGAUGUGCCCGAAGGUGUUGCCGAAUUCAUCGGUCAGCGUCGUCGUUGGCUCAACGGUUCCUUCGCUGCCGGUAUCUACUCGCUUCUCCACUUUGGGCGCAUGUACAAGUCUGGCCACAACAUUGUCCGCAUGUUCUUCCUCCACAUCCAGAUGAUCUACACGACCUGCAACACUAUCCUCGCUUGGUUUUCUAUGGCUUCCUUCUACCUUACGACCGUUGUUAUCAUGAGUCUUGUCGGUACAAAGACGGAUCAACGGGAUGCUUGGCCUUUCGGAAACACUGUUACUCCCAUCUUCAACACUGUCGUCACAUACCUCUACCUGGCUUUCCUCGGUCUCCAGUUCAUUUUGGCCUUCGGUAACCGUCCUAAGGGUUCCAUCUGGUCUUACCUGAUCUCUUUUACCGUUUUCGGAUUGAUCCAGUUCUACAUCGUCAUUCUGUCCAUCUACCUGGUCGUCCAGGCGUUCACGAACCCGUCUUCGGAGAAGCUCGAUACCUCGUCUGCGUCCGCAUUUGCUGAAUCCUUCUUCUCAUCGAGUGGUGUCGGUAUCAUCAUCAUUGCGCUUGCGGCUACCUUCGGUCUCUACUACGUUGCGUCGUUCCUGUACAUGGACCCAUGGCACAUGUUCACAUCGUUCCCUCAGUACCUCCUGAUCAUGUCGUCCUACGUCAACAUCCUCAACGUCUACGCUUUCUCCAACUGGCACGAUGUUUCUUGGGGUACAAAAGGUUCCGACAAGGCUGAAGCUCUCCCCUCAGCCAAGACAGAAAAGGGCGCCGACGGAAAGACUACGGUCAUCGAGGAACCGGAUCUGCCACAAGCCGACAUCGACUCACAGUUCGAGGCUACCGUCAAGCGUGCUCUGGCUCCUUACGUUCCUCCCGUUGAGGGCAACGAGAAGACCCUGGAAGAUUCCUACAAGGCUUUCCGUACUCACCUGUGUACGCUCUGGAUCGGUUCCAACGUUCUGCUCGCUGUUAUUGUCACUCAGGACAGCUUCGACCGUUUUGGUUUGUCGUCAACCGCUACCACCCGAACUGCCCACUUCUUCCAGGCCCUCCUUUGGGCGACCGCCGGUUUGGCUCUGGUUCGCUUCUUCGGAUGUCUCUGGUUCCUCGGACGCACCGGUCUUUUCUUCUGCGUAAGAAAGAGGUAGAAACAAGUCAAAUUUGACGUCCUGGAGAUGUUUUUGGACCAUUCCCGAAGUUGUCCGGGCGUCUCCGGGCCGAAAACGACCAAGUUACGACUACACUGCGCCACAACACCUGCCACGGCCGCGACUGCUUUACUAAGCUACCUGUUCGAUUCCCCUAAUCCGUUUUUGAUCCUGCGUUCUGGCGUUUCGGCUGUCUUACGACUCCAGCGGAGUGCUGCGCGGUCGUGGACUUUUGAUCAUCUUGAUAUACUAAAACCAUCUGCCAUACCAUGUUGGAUGGAUUACGAGAACCUCGUAUUACCCAUGUUAUAGCACUACGCGCUCGGGCUAGUCAUGGACAGCUUGUCUGGGUGGAUGAACGGACAUUAUAUUGCACCUUGUACUUUGAGAUAUCUAGGAUGAAUACUACAAUUUCUAAAACCA